AUGAAUAAAGAAACAGAAAAAAUGGGCAAAUGGAACCAAACAACAGUGACUGAGUUUGUUCUUCUUGGCUUCACCAAUCAUCAAAAGAUCAAUGCUGUCCUCUUUGUUUUCUUCUUAGCCAUCUAUCUAGUCACUUUGGUGGGAAAUAUUGGUAUCAUCAUAUUAAUUUGGAUCAGCUCGUGCCUCCGCAGUCCAAUGUACUUUUUCCUCAGCAACCUGGCCUUCCUAGACUUCUGUUAUUCUUCUGCCAUUACACCUAAAAUGCUUCUCAAUUUUGUAACUGGAAAGAAGACGAUCUCACUGGCAGGAUGCAUUACACAAAUGUAUCUGUUUGCUUCUUUUGCAGAUGCCGAGUGCCUUCUUCUGGCUGUCAUGGCAUAUGACCGCUACAUGGCUAUUUGUAACCCACUAAUUUAUCCCGCUCUUAUGACCCACAGAGUUUGUUUCGGGUUGGUAGCUGGCUCUUACCUUAUUGGUAGUGUGACUUCACUAAUUCACACUUAUUAUACAUUUCGCUUGUCAUUUUGUGGAUCCAACGUCAUCAAUCAUUUCUUCUGUGACAUCCCUCCAUUGUUAGCUCUCUCCUGCUCCAACACUCACAUUAAUGAAAUUCUUCUUUUUGCCUUGUGUGGUUUCAUCCAAAUGAGCACUUUUUUGUUGAUUGUUAUCUCCUACACCUAUAUCAUUUGCACCAUUUUGAGGAUCCAUUCAGCUGAAGGCCGCCAGAAGGCCUUUUCAACUUGUACCUCCCACUUGACAGCUGUGACUUUGUAUUAUGGAACCCUUCUCUUUACUUAUUUGCGGCCAAGCUCCAGCUAUAUCCUGAAUACAGACAAAAUAGUCUCUGUUUUUUAUACUGUGGUUUUUCCCAUGUUAAACCCCUUGAUCUAUACCUUGAGAAAUGAAGAAGUAAAGGAUACCUUCAAUAAAUUAUUGCAAAGAAAACUGAUAGCACUCAGAAGGAUUAGGAGAUUUUUUCAGUGUUUGAACUAGCAAAAAUGCCACUUGUAAAUGUAGACUUGAAGCUGGGAAUAUGCACAUGCACAAAUCCCUGUGAUUACAUUUCAUUGACUUAAUUUCAACUAUAUUCAUUUUACUUCAUAUAAAAGUUUUUGUUCAACUAGUGCUCUUCAAAUAUUUAAUGGUUGUAUGCAGUAAAGUACUUUUAUAUAGGGAUUCAUAAAUCACUUAAAAUGGAGAACUUUUAUUUUCAAAUUUCAAAUAGAUGUAUGAAUGAAAGAGUUAUGGACCAUAGCCAUAA